AAGCAACCUACGCCUAAACAACGUAAAGCAGCGGCCCGUAUUUUUGAAACUCUUGCUGAACAAACAUCUACCGAUAUUUUCCGCUACUUAUACUUGCCGAACAAAUAUCGCAUUCGCAUUAAGGAUUUUUGCCAAAAGCUCCGAACCAUAGGUUUAGACAAUGGUAGCAUACUCGAUAUUCAUUAUCCUGCAUGCGGCGUAGUGGCAAUCCUGAUCCACCAUAACUACCUAACUGAACUGAACGCUGUUUUAGUGAAGUCUGACAUUGCACCUAUCACACAAUUUAACCCAACCGCAGCUGACUAUGUCAAUGACCCGUCUUUGACACACCUCACUAAGGGAGAACAAACAACUAAGGCUAUUGAAUUUCAUCAAACACGACUCAUCAGAGGCUUGAAAUUUAUUAGAAGCUACCUUCGCAGAUCAGUAGCACAAUGGUUUGUAUAUCAGGGAUGA